GUGAGUGAGUGCGCGUGCAGUGAGUGGAAUGUGCUCGGCCGCAUGAGGAUCCUGCUGAGUGAACUGGGACUGUCUGGCGCGUGCUUCGGCCUGACCCUGGAGUCGCGCGCCCCCUCGCUGGAGCCCGACAAGCCUGCGCCAGGUCAGCGCCCGCGCCUCCAGCCGCCUCCUUCUUCUGUGUUUAUUUUCGCUUUCGUUGUGUAGAACCUCUGGGUGUUGUAGACUCUGUGUGGAACUGUCGUGACGAUGGCCCUCGGCUAGAAUGCGAGGUGCGUUGCUAACGCCCUCCAGCCAACACUGCGGCCUUAGACAUUUCCAUAACACACGGCCGAGCGCCUUAGAGCCGCGCUCGCCAAGCGCUUUUACGUCCAACUCCUCCAGCAUGCUACUGCUGCAGACACAGAGCAACUACGGUACGUCCUUCACUGAUCUACUAUCGCCGCAAUAUCAAGAAGACUCUUCUGAAAUCCUAGAAGAAAACCUAGACCCAUUCCCAGACGUCGAAUUUCACGCCCCCGUGCCUCCUGAAAUCAAAUCGCAGAGGACGACCCCCCUGAGCGAGACUCCAUCGCCAACUUUAGCUCCUGCUUUACCUAGUUUUGAAGAAACCUACUCAGUGCGCUAUCCUAAGCAAGAAAUGGCAGAAUUUGGCAUAAAAAUGGACGAAGACUGCUACAAUGUCAGCGCUUACUCUCAUCAAGGACACGCUUCUACCCAGUUGCUGUACCAAUACCACCAACCUGCACUACCAUACGUGCCGACGUACAACUAUGCACCUCCGCAGCCGUGCAGCCCUACGUUCGACACCGGCGGAGUGCCCCAUACUCAAGAUUCGUAUUCUUUGCCGCCAUUCCCGAGCACUGUCGACCUUCAUGUAUCUACGGAUGCGUCGCGGCAGAGACGAGCCUCUCUACCUGUUCAGAGAUCAGAAUCUAGUAGUUCGAAUGAUAGUCCAAAACUGCACGGCAGGGUUCACUGCAUGCAGGCGUCGGCACCCAGCUCGGCGUCGAGCUCGCCGGGCGGCGCGCCCCCGGACACGGUUGGCCCGCGUGCUGCACCCUCCUCGCCCAGCCAGCUGUGCGCCGUCUGCGGCGACACUGCUGCCUGCCAGCACUACGGGGUGCGGACAUGCGAAGGAUGCAAGGGAUUUUUUAAGAGAACCGUUCAAAAGGGAUCAAAAUAUGUAUGUUUAGCAGAAAAGUCUUGCCCUGUCGAUAAGAGAAGAAGAAACAGGUGCCAAUUUUGCCGAUUCCAAAAAUGUUUAGCAGUUGGUAUGGUUAAAGAAGUUGUUCGAACCGAUUCGCUGAAAGGAAGACGCGGAAGAUUACCAUCGAAGCCGAAAUGUCCCCAGGAAUCUCCACCGAGCCCCCCGAUUUCUCUAAUUACCGCUCUGGUGCGAGCUCAUGUGGACACAUCUCCCGACUUUGCCAACCUUGACUAUUCACAGUACCGAGAGCCGAGUCCUAUGGAACCUCCCAUGUCCGAUUCAGAAGUGAUCCAACAAUUCUAUUCGCUGCUGACGACAUCGAUCGAUAUGAUCAAAAUGUUCGCCGAGAAGGUGCCGGGCUACUCUGAAUUGUGCCCUGAGGAUCGCGAACAGCUCUUUGCUUCGGCACGACUCGAACUGUUCGUUCUGCGGCUGGCUUACCGCACUCGCCCCGAGGACACCAAGCUUACUUUCUGCAAUGGACUCGUGCUAGACAAGCGGCAGUGCCAGCGCUCCUUCGGAGAUUGGCUUCACGCGGUUCUAGACUUCAGCAACACGCUGCAUUCAAUGGAUAUCGACAUAUCCACAUUCGCUUGCCUAUGUGCACUGACUUUGAUAACAGAGAGGCACGGUCUCAAAGAGCCUCACCGGGUUGAGCAGUUGCAGAUGAAGAUCAUCGGCUGCCUGCGCGCGCACAUGCCGGGCGGCAACCCCAGCGGCGGCGCGCCGCACUUCAGCCGCGUGCUGGGCGCGUUGCCUGAGCUGCGCUCGCUGUCAGUACAAGGCCUCCAGCGCAUCUUCUACCUGAAACUAGAGGACCUAGUGCCCGCCCCUCCACUCAUCGAGAACAUGUUCCGCGCCAGCCUACCUUUCUAAGUGCACUGUGACUCCCAACCCUGGAACACGUAAUCUGCAACAGCGACCAAACCGCUUUCGUGUAACUCCCCGUAGCGAUACAUUUUACCACCCGUUACCUCUGCAUAUCCAUCAAUUAACGCUGUUGCAGGUUACGUAUCAAUCCGAGGACCAUUCCCGCCUUUGAUUACAACUUCUAUUUAGAGUCAACAUCGUUAUUUUUAUAAGUGUUUAGCUCGUAAAAUAUUUUUAUAGUAGUUGGAGCUAUAGGACUCGAUCUCCCACGAUAUUUGUUCGUGCUUAUUCUGUCAGUUUCUAAUAUUGUAAGCAAACAAGACAAUCGUAUUUUUAAGUGUUAGCAAUUAAGCUUAAUUUAUUGUACCUUUACGUAUAUGUCUUAUUUGGGUGUGAUUUUGUUGUAACUAAUGUAUUUAGUAGUCUGCAUUUGAGUUACCGCUCGUGAUUAAUGGCAUCUUGUCGUACAAAUAUUCCUAUGUUAUUUACUUACGUAUUAUUUAGGUAAGUUAAAAACUCUAGUCACAAGACUUUGAAAUGUUAAAAAUUGGCUCUUUCUUAGAGCUUUUUAUAGUAAAAGUAAAUUUACUAAUGACUAAGGCAUUUUGAUACACGGCAUGAGUGAGAUUGGAAGCCAGCCGGCGAGCGGGCGCGCUGCGGCCGGCUGCGGCGGUGCCGCGGCGUCAGCGCCGUGACGCUAGCCCGCGACGCUCGGCGCAGACAAUUUUGGAAGUUACCUUUUAGGUUAAAUUAUUUCGUAAUACUUUUAGACGCUAGGACGUUGAUGUAAUUUGUUACUGUAAUCAUAUAAGUCCGGAGAAAAAGUUCAGCAUCGUUAAUAAAAUAUUAAACCUUUGAAAAUACAACGUGUCUUAAAGAGUACCUUCCUAGAUAGAUGUAGUGUAAUUGUUCUCUGAUAUUUUUAUAAACAAAAAUACUUAAUACGUGUUGUAUAUGUAUUAAGUGUCAGAUACUAAACAUAUCACUGUUCUAAUAUUUAUUUAUACUUAUUUCAUUACAUUGCACAUUCUAUGAAAUUUUAACCAACUCGUGCAAUGCUAUUAGAUGUUUAAAACUAACGUUACAAGCGUUAAACAUCUGCAUACUUUAUGGAACAUUUUUUAAAUGUAAUUUAACAUAAUUGCGUAGAUGUCAAAUAUCAAGAUAUAUAUUGUAUUUCAAAUAAUAUUGCGUCGCAAGAAUACCCUCGCUGGACCAAGUAGAUAACUUUAUAUUGGAAAUUUAAAAAGCACCUGGUUGCUAUUAUUGUUUGGCUUUAUAUCCUUUCAAUUAUUGUAGAGAAACAGGUACUUGGUAUCUACUCACUUUUAUUUCAAUUUUAAACAAUUUGAAAGAUUUUGUGAAAGAUCUCUUCAUAAUUAUUAUUGCCUUAUGACGCAUUAUCAGCGUCAGAAACAAGAUUUUAUAAUUGCAAAUGAUUGCAACAAAGUACCUACUAUUUUAUAAAACUUAAAAACCAAGCAAAAAUUGCAUAUUACUAAAUUCCUAAAUUACAGGAAUGUAUUGAAAUUUUAAUGUGCUAAAAGCACGUAGGUAUAUUAGCAGACACAAAAAUAAACUCAGUUAUCGAUGUUUGCUCCUUAGGCGUAGUUGUAGACCCUUGAAAAGGUACUUUAGAGGCUAAUUUUGUUACGUGCUUGACUGUAUCUAAUAUGGUCUGUAGAUAAACGUCGUCUUUGACAUCUGAAUUGACGGUUAUUGCGAAAGUACUUAGGUAAGAGAAAAAAAUAUAUUUAAAAUAUUCACGAUGUUUUCCUACACCGAAAACUAAUGAUAGUUGUCCACUAAUAAAUUAUUAGGUGUGUAAGUAAGAUACAAGACGGACGCGUGAUAAUUUUGUACGAUGUUGGUAUAUUUUGAUAAAUAUUCAAAUGCUGGACUUUUUACUCCAGUGCUAGAAACUCCUUUAUAUUAGUUAAUUUUAUAGAUUUAUAAGUGUACCUAAUAAAAGAAAUUAUUGUCGUUACUUUUAAAUGUGUGGGGCGAAUCUGAAAUAUUGUUCUUUAAAAUAAUUACUUGGUUGUGCUUCACAUAUUGUUACCCAGACUUAAUAUUGUCAGCGAUUAUUUUUAUACUUCUUACUACCAUUGAAUUGUUAUAGCACACCUUUACAUGUAAUAUUUACUCGUACUAAAGUAAUAAGACGUGCAAUUGACUUCACCCCUGUAACAUUCCGUUUGCGCGGGCCUUAACACGUUUCUUAGAGACGGAAAUGAAAAUCGUAACGCUAAGAAACAUUGUGUCCAUUUAAAUACCAUUCCCGGUAUCUCGUAAUUUUUUAAUAUUCGAUGUACGUAAUAAACUGCAUUUCUUUUUCUCAGAAAUAGAUGUCCUUUUGUUUAAUGUUACAUAUUUUCUUUGUAAAUACAUUUUCGUCAGAUUAAUACUGGCGCUCAUGCGUCUAUGGA